ACGUGAAUACUUUGGAGUAAAUCCCAAGAAUAUUCAGUGAAAAUGAAGAAUAAACCUGUUCGUCAUAAAGAAACAAACACCUUCAAGUUUAAAAAAUUCUCUGAGCGGAUAUCAGAGAUCGACGUUGAUGUAUUCCAUCGAGUAGCCCACAGGAACGAAGAGUUUUCCGAUGAUGAAGAAUCACUGGAGACUAAUUUUCAUAAGACACUGCAGAAAUGGAAUGUGUUGAACCUCACAGAGGGGUACAAGAGCUUCAGGAAGGAAGUGCAACAUGUUGUGACCCUUCCUCAGCUCUUAAAACACAAGCAGGAGGUUCUGGACUCGUUAACAAAAUACUUGAGGAUGAAGAACGCGACGUUUGUGCAGCCAAUUCUCGAGUUGGUCGUGGCAGCAGCAAAGGACCUCCAGAAGGAUUUCUACGAGCAUUUCCCCCACUUCCUCUCUCUGAUCAUCGAUCUCCUCUCCACGAAGGACCCAGAGAUCCUCGAAUACUCCUUCACAACCCUGGCCUAUCUAUUCAAAUUCCUAUGGAGAUAUUUGAUAAAGAACAUCGACAGGGCCUUCGAGCUCCUCCUGCCUCUCCUAGUGGACACGAAACCUGAGUAUGUUAAUAAUUUCGCAGCUGAGAGCUUUGCAUUCGUCGCCAGAAAAGUCAGAGAUCGAGAGGCCUUCCUGAAACUCGUGUUUGAAGCCCUGGAGAAGACUCCAGAUGGCACAGUAGGCUGUGGAAAACUCUUGUUCGAAGUUGUCUCUGGAAUUUCUGGACAAUUUCACUCCUGCGCUGAACAGAUGCUGACUUUGUACCUCAAUGCAUUAAUCGAUGACUCAAUGGAUGAGAAAUUGGUCUUCGAUGUCCUCCAGCAAGUCUUCACCUGCAUCACAAACUCAAUAAUCCCUAAAAAUAGUCAAAUCCUGUGGACUGUCAUCUUCAAAUUUCUGGAUGAACACUCAACAGCUCAGGAAAAUAAGAACAAGAAGAUGAUGACUUUGGUCCUGAGGCUUUCUCGUCUGAUUGUCGACCACAGAGGGGGCAGAAUGCUCAUCAAUCCAGUGGAAAUGAAGUCAAAAAUCGUCAAAAUAAUUCCGGUCUACGACGAUGAAGUUCUCAAAGAAGCUGUCGACCUGUCCAUCGACAUUCUCCUGGCAAAUAACUUGAAAUUAACUCAAGAAGUUUCCAGUGAAUUUGUUUCCAAGCUUUUAUCCAUCAAGAACAGGGAGAUUCUGAGUUACAUUGUGGAGAAAUUGGUCGACCAUUCUUCCUUUGAGACCUUGAUUCUGCCAAUGGCCCUGCAGCGGAGUGUCCUAAAGGAGGAAUUUGGAAACAACGAGUUGGACUUGUUCUCCAAAAUAGUCAACGGGAGGGCACCCCCCAGUCUCGGUGGGAUCAACUCCAAGUCCUGGAGGAAGAUGAAUCUGGACCUCAGAGGAUUCCCAGCUACAACUAUUGACUAUCUUCAUGAUAAAUUAGAAAAUUGGGAAGAGGAAAAUGUUGUCUCCGAAGAAUCAUUACGAGUUGUUGUCGUUCUGCCUCACGUCAGUCCCGUCAACAAUCUCUUGCUAGAGAAAUUAAAAAAGAAUUUAAUCACAAUGCAUACAAAAUUGAUCGGAGACGACUACAACGAUGCUUCAACAACUGAAAUUGAGAAGAGAAGUUUCGCAUUUCUAUUGACACUAGAAUCGACAAUCCAUCUAUUGGAAAUUGAAGAUUUCCAGAAGUUCAUUAACGACUCGAAAAUGGAUAUAUUAGAGCUGAUUAAAAAAUACUCAAACGUCUCCAGUAUUUUAAAUACUGCAGAUAUAUUCUUAACCUUCAUCAAAAAUUCUGAAGAGAGAAACCUCUACAUAAAUGAGAAGAUCUUCGACGAGAUUAACGAACACUUGGGGAGGCAACUGGGUUCUCCCUAUGGCAAAAUUCGAUUAACAGUGUCCCACAUCUACUCCCUAUUCUCCGAAGUCGAGGAGUUGUUCAUCGAGAAGAACGACGAGAGUCUGAACGCCCUGAGCCUCCUGUUCGCCGCUGAGAGUGUCGAAACAACAGUCUACAAUUACCGAGAUCGUCUGAUCCACCUGCAGGCCCUCACAUUCACCUCCAGAGCACUGACAAACCUCAAGCCAAAAUACCACGACUUCCCAGUGAGAUUUCUAAUAGGAAACCUGUACAUCAAUUUCUCUCUCCUGUGGGAUCCAACAGCAAAGGCAAUAGCAACGUUCGCCAGUGAGAAAUGCCCCCAGUUCUGGCCGAUAUUCCUGGAAGAAUUGAGGACCCAAAGCCUCCCCCCAACCCCUGACCUCACUAAAAACCUCUUCAACAGUGAAGUCCUCAAGACUUUAACCCAGAAAUUGUCUUCAACUGACAAACCCGACCACCAGAACUACAAAAUCCUCUUAUGGAAAUGCAUGAGUGAAUUUCCAGAAUACGUUGAAGUUAAAAAUCGAGACGUGACAGUCCUCUUCAUCGAGUUUGUUGAGAACAAGAUAUUUAAAUCCAAUUCAGAGACAGCAAGAUCCUACAACAUCUUAAAACGCGAUAGCUCCCAAGAAGCAACACUAAUCGACGAGAAUGAUUCGGAAGACGAGGAGAAACCCACGAAGGAGGGGCCCCCCAGGCUCGAUUCCCCGAAAAAAUCAGGAUUAAAAAAGCUGGGAAGGAGCUCAGACUUCAAGCUCCUGCUCUCCCAGCUGAGCCUCUUUUCCAAGGCCCACAACCCGAGGAUGAUGUACAGAGAGUCUGAAAUGUACCAGAUUUACCUGGACCUGCUCACCUCGAAGAGCGUGGAGCUCCAGAAGGCAGUCCUGGACUGUCUCUCCUCGUACAAACACAAGUCCCUGAUGCCUUACAAGGACCACCUUUACGGUUUGAUCGAGGAGAAGAAUCUCCGGAAUGAACUGGCUCGAUUCAAGGUAGAACACGAGGAGGAGACCACUGGGAUGAUCCAGGAGGACCACCGUGAGUCCCUGAUGCCGAUCCUGAUGAGACUGAUUUACGCAAAAAUGAUAUCAAAAGGCACUGGGAGGGCUGCUGGGGCAGCUGGAGGUCUGGUUCGUCGUAAGAUCAUCCUGAGGUUUUUGAUGGGAGUGAAAGAGACCGAGAUGAUGCUCUUCACGAAGAUGGCGUUCAAGCCCUUCGAGAAGUACCAGAUCACUCUCUCCCCGGAGGCCAAUCUAAAAGAUCUAAAAACACUAACAACAGAUGUCAUAAAAAAUCUAGACUUAUCAGACGUGAUCCCCCCUAAGCGUCUCAGAUCAGCGGUUAACCUGCUCUCCAUCAUCAUCGAGGAGUUUGGAGCGAAAAUGUCGAGAAAUCUGUUGCCAAGGCUGCUGGCCCUCCUCCUCUGCAUCAUGGCCCAUAUCAAGGGGAUCCUGGAGCAGCACGAGAGCGUCCUCUCAGGGUUCAUCCCCAUGAUCAAAGACCUGAAGAACACUUGCAUUGGAAUCGUCGCGAGAUUCUUCGGACACUUUGAGGACUACAACUGGUCCGAGACCGAGCUGGACGUUUUGUUCGACGUUGCUGUCUUCCCCUGGAUCGAGAAACUCCCUGUGGAGGGUGUUCACAGUCCCACAUCUCUGCUGAAGCUCCUGUCCUCCUGGUGUCAGAACCCCAGGUACUUCUGUCUCCUCGUGAAGCACGAGGAAGGGAACAGCGGCUUGUCUCCCCUUCCCUUCGUCAUCAAGCUCCUGCUGGGCAAUAAAACCCAUCCAUCAGUGGUUAAUACCAUCCUGGACAUGUUGGAGAAGCUCCUGACCCUUCAGGACUACGGAGUGACUCCUGAGGAUCAGAUGGAAGUCGACGACGUGAAGAUUCCCUUGAACCCAAGGAAUCUGCUGGAGGUUAAUGCCGAAGCACUUUUGCCUGGAGUCCACAUUAACUACGGAUCCUCGAUCCUCCUUCCCCACGUCCCGGACGUCUUGUCCUACAUCAAGAGAAAAUUCCAAAAGUCGAAGUACGGAGUCAACAGAACAGAGACGAGCAUCCUCGCGAGGAUUUCCGAGCUCAACCUCGACCCGGAGACGUCGAAUUCACUGGUUUCCUUGUCCUUGCCCAUCCUGGUGAAGCGAGCGAUGAAGGGAGAGGCUGAGGAGGCGAUCCUCGAGCUUCUGACGACGAUAUCGAACCUGAUGAGGAACGUGCAGGAGCCGCAUGUCCACCUCAGAGCCAUUCUCCCGCUUUUCUCUUGUGUGGGCUCGUCUGCUGCUAGGAAACUCCUUCUCCAGUUGUUCAAGACGAUCGCCUCGAAGGACUGCGACUCCUCACCAGUUCCCAGGGACAUCAUGGUGAAGACUGCUGAUCUUUUGGUGGAGUUGAACGCCGUGGAUCAGCGGUGGAUCGAUCAGCCUGACUUCGAGAGGAGGCUGAACGCAUUUUCAGAGAUAAAAUCAGCGAUCACUUCGGGGGAUGAGGAGCAGUCGAAGGUCCUGACGAUUGAGUUUGGAGUUGCAGUUUUGUACUGCUGUUUCUAUUUCCUCAAACGUGAGACUGAUCUCUCCCUGAGGGACUCCGCAGGCCAGUGCUUGAACAUUUUAGGACCAGAACUGGCGAAGCGGAAUAAGGAGAAUAAAGUGGACAGAAUGUUCCUGAUCGAAGAGACGAUACUGAAGCUAGUUAGGACUGGAAUCAGGAGCAAGAAUGAAGCUGUUUGCCUGCGUUCGAUAUCCUUCCUCGGAGCUAUGUCGAUGGAGUGUCCAGACGUCCACCCAGUUCUCAGGGAUUUGAAUCUACUGACUGAUAGAGUUGACCCUGAAGUUGAUUUCUUCGAGAACCUCCAGCAUCUCCAGCUUCACAGGAAGGCCAGAGCCUUUCUGAAAUUCUGCACAAUGUCGAAGUCUCUGGAGAAAGCUCCAAACUCGAAGACUCUGACCCAAUUCAUCUUUCCACUGGCCUCCUCGUACCUCUGCAACGCGUCAUUUGCUAAUAAAAACAGUUUAGUGGACUCUGCGAUUGAGACUGUUGGGGCUGUGUGCAGACUCUUGCCCUGGCAUCAAUACGCAAUUAUUCUCAAGUAUUAUUUGGAUAAAUUGAGAUCUUCCACGGAAUUUCAGAGGCAGAUUGUGAGGACUGUGAUUACUAUUCUAGACGCUUUUCAUUAUGAUUUAUCUAAAUUGAAGAGUGUGGAAGAUGUGACGAAACCUGAGGAUAAAUCUGAACAGGUUCAAGCAGAAAGUGCUGAGUCAGAAGAAGAUAAAACUGAAGCUUCCACUCCCCAAAUCGAAGAAGAACCUGACGAGGCAUUGGACGAAGCCCUGAGCAAAGAAGAGGACUCCCCAGAAGAUCAGAAAAUCCCAGAGGACGAGGAACAGACAGAGGUAAAAAAAUUCGUGGAGAAACAAAUAGUUCUGUCCCCUUACGCAGCCAAAGGUCUCGUCUUCGACAUAACUAACACUCUCCUCCCUCAACUGCACCGAUCAAUCCUCAGCAGAACCCAGCACGAGAUGAGUCACAAAGUCAACAGGAAGCGAACAGGAGCUGAAAAAGAAGAGGAAGAGCUGAUGCGAGUUCCAAUAGCUCUGGCUCUAGUGAAACUCCUGCAGAAGCUCCCAGAGAGGAUCCUAGACAAGAAUCUCCCCGGAAUCUUCAUGAAACUCUGCACGUUCCUGAAGAGCAGAUUGGAGUCUGUGAGACGAUCGACUCGAGAGAUCCUCCAGAAGAUCAUGAUCACCCUGGGCCCAGACUACCUCCACCAUUUACUCAGGGAAAUGAAUUCUCUUUUGACCCGAGGGUUCCAGAUCCACGUGCUCGCUUACACCAUCCACGCAGUCCUGCUAUCUCUGAAGCCCCUCUUCAAGGAAAGCCACGUAAACGAGAACCUCCAGAGUAUCCUACAAGUCUGCAAAGUAGACCUGUUCGGUAUCAGUGCUGAGGAGAAAGAAAUAGCUGCAGUGACCAAAAACACAUCAGAGGCCAAAUCGACCAAGAGUUUCGAUAUUUUCCACGUUCUCGGACAAUUCAUCACAGAGUCUUGUUUGAUAGAUCUCCUCCAGCCCCUCGUGGCAGUCCUCAACGACUCCAGAUCCCACAAAACCGUUCGCAAAGUUGUGGAGUGCCUGAGGCACGUGGUUCUCGGUCUCGCAGACAAUGUCUUCAUCCAGCCUGACAAACUCCUCAUAUUCCUCUAUGGAGUCGUCUCCAAGAGCAUCCCAGCCCUGAGUGCGAGCAGACCGAGGUCCAUCGAGGGAGAGAAACCAAACAAUAAGACGCAGAUAUCAGACUGCUUCAUAAUCCCAGCAGAGCCCAAAUCGAGGAUGGGUUUGAAGGCUGCUGCCAAGACUUCAGGGGACACCAAUGAUCACAUCCUCUUGGAGUUCGCCCUGAAACUCCUGCACGUUCUCCUGAAACGGGAGAAGGUCACUGGGGGCACCUUCAAGCACUUCUUGGACCCCUUCGUCCCAAUUCUCUCGGACUGCCUGAGCUCCCAACAAGUGAAGAUGAGUACGCUAUCCCUCCAGUGCCUCAACUGGAUCAUAAAGAUGGACCUGGACUCGGUUCGCUCUUCAAUAACAGAAAUCUGCGCUUCGAUAUUCAAAAUUCUGCACAAGUACGGAGCUGCUGGAUUGAGCAAAGGGGACAACUUUGACCUCGUCAUGGCGGCGUUCAAGACGAUGUCGGUUCUCGUGAGAGAUGUCAAGCACUUCGACAUGUCUGACGAUCAGGUGAAGGCGCUGAUCCUCUACGCCGAGCAGGACCUGCACAAUUACGAGAGACAAGCAACUGCUUUUAAUCUGCUUAAAGCAAUCAUCAAUCGGAAAUUGAUAAUCCCGGAGAUGCACGAGGUCAUGAAGAGGGUCGCUGCCCUGAGCGUGACGUCAGAGUCUGAAAAUGUGAGACAACAGGCGAGAAAUGUGUUCUAUGCCUUCUUGAUGGAGUACCCGCUGGGCAAAGACUUGGAGAAGCACUUGUCGUUCUAUUUAAGUCAAUUGAGUUAUGAGGUGCAGAUGGGUCGACUCAGCGCUCUGAAUAUGGUCCUCAGCAUCGUCACAGGGUUCCCAGAGGCGAUCCUCACCCAGCAGUCAGCCCUCAUCUUCAUCAUGGUGGGGGCCAGAUUGGCGAACGACGAAGACCCCGAGUGCAAGAAGCUCAGUGCCAAGUGCGUCAAGGAGAUCGUCACCAGAGUUCCUCACAAUCAGAGAGUUAAGCUCUUCGACAUUGUCAUCGCCUGGUUCAAGAACCCGAAGGUGUCUCUUCGGGGGCUGGCGGCCCAGCUCUGUGGGAUUUUCGUGACUGUCGAGAGGGACUCGUUUGAGACGAGACUCGGGGAGGUCCUCCCUCUGGUUCUCAAGCAGUUCAGGCUGGACGAUAACGAGGAGAAUGAACCGGGAAAAUUUGUCAAGAGGAAGAGGAGGAAAAUCGUUGAGGAGGACGUCAAGGAUCCCGAGAGGCUCAAGGAUCACCACCUGUUUCAAGUUCUGCAGCUGACCCUGAAGAUCUCGGCGAACUGCUCGGGCUUUUUGAAGAGUGAGAAGUACGUUGAGGAGGUUCUGUCACUCGGGGAGUACAGUCAGGCCAAUCUGGGGCAUCCUCACCUCUGGGUGAGACUCGCUGCCACUCAGCAGAUUGGGUUCAUCCUGGCUACUCUCGACGGCGAUAAACUCUCGCACUAUCUGCAGUUCAAAAGGUUUGAGGAUGCAGGGGACAGUGUCAAGGGCUAUGUGUACUCGUCGCCGGUGGAGACGCUUAGGAGUUUGAGUUUGGAUUUAAUCGCACAACUGCAGCCCGGAAUGGAGUUUGAGGAGCUUGCGGAUCAGGUGGUGAAGAAUCUUGUGUUCAUUGCGAGGGUCGUAAAGACGGCCAGCUGGGGGGCUGAGGGGAGUGGGAGGGAGGAUGGCGUUUCACUACUGUGGCUCGUCAAGAGGGUUCGCAAGUGCGUGAAUAUGGAGGUGACACAGAAUCCGAAGUCUACGUGUGUGAGAUCAGCCGCAUUCAAAUGGACAGCCGGAGUGGUAACAACAAUUCCCAUCGAACCAUAUUUAAAACCCAUUCUUUUCCAACUAAUGUCCCCACUGGUCCGCGAAAUGAUGACCACCGAGGAAUCAAACGCUCCAUUACGUCAAUUAUCGAAAGAAGUCGGUAGGAUGAUUAAAAAGAGAAUAGACGAUGAUGAGUAUGCGAAACUACUUGCGAGAGUUCAGCAGAAAUUGGACGUCAAGCGGGCUGAGAGGAAAAAGACCCUGACCCAACAAUACGUAAUUGAUCCGGAGUUGGCAGCGAAGAAGAAAAUAGCUAAACAACUGAAGAAAAAGGAGGCGAAAAAGCGAAAAAGAACCGAAAUACAGGGAAAGCGGAGACGAGAUAAGCGGCCACGUAAGGAAAAUAACGUGGAGAUUAUGUAAUGUUGAGUUUACAAAAAAUUAUCUUGAAUAUGUAAAUAAAAAAGUGUAUGAAAAUUUCAUUAACAGUA